CCUCAGAGCGAUGGACGCGAUGGUUUCCGGCGGACCGGCCGACUUGGUUCAUAAAAAGCUACCCCCUGCAGCUCCAGAUAAAAUUGCUCGACGCAUCCGGUCAACAACAUUCACCACCAUGGAGCCCAGUACAGGCAAAAUCAAAAUCGCGAUCGACCGAGGAGGUACCUUCACCGAUGUCUGGGCUUGCCUGCCGGGGCAUCCAGAGAUUGUCCUAAAACUACUUUCGGUCGACCCAUCCAAUUAUAGCGAUGCCCCUAUAGAAGGCAUCAGGCGUGUGCUUUCCAUCUACUACGGCAAGGAGAUUCCGCGCGGCAUCCCUCUUCCGAAGGGAGAUAUCGAAUUCAUCCGCAUGGGCACAACCGUCGCUACAAAUGCACUACUUGAGCGAAAGGGCACACGGCACGCAUUUCUAGUGACAAAGGGAUUUCGCGAUCUCUUGGACAUCGGAUACCAGUGUCGACCACGACUCUUCGACCUCGACAUCGUCAAGCCGGCUGUGUUGUACGAUGAGGUUCGUGAAAUCGACGCUAGGGUGACCAUUGAGGGAUUUGAUGAAGAUGUCGAUGGUAUCUUCAAGUGUGAUAAGGAGAUUCCAGGAGUUCUUGUUCGUGGCACAAGCGGCGAUAUGGUGCGGAUCCUGAAACCACUUGAUGAGGAACAAGUCCGUGACACUCUUAGGGACCUCCGUAGGAGCGGAGUGGAUACGCUGGCUGUCUGCUUUGCCCAUUCCCAUGUAUUUCCCGACCACGAAAGCCGGGUAUACCAGAUGGCCAUGAAGGAGGGCUUCAUCCAUAUAUCAUUGUCAUCCACUGUGGCCGCAAAUAUGAUCAAGAUGGUACCGCGUGGGAGCUCAGCUUCAGCAGAAGCAUACCUGACCCCGGAGAUUAAAAAGUACUUAACAGGGUUUAUGCAAGGCUUUGAGGACUCAAAUCUAGAUGGCGUGAGAUGCGACUUUAUGCGGUCUGAUGGUGGUCUCGUCAGCCAUGACCACUUUAGUGGUUUGAAAGGAAUCUUGAGUGGGCCAGCAGGGGGUGUCGUCGGCUACGCACGAACCACAUACAAUGGGAUAACCAGGAAACCUUUAGUCGGCUUCGACAUGGGGGGUACGUCAACGGAUGUGUCACGGUAUGGAGGACAUCUUGAGCACAUUUUUGAGAGCACCACUGCUGGUGUGACAAUCCAAAGCCCGCAGUUAGAUAUCAACACGGUCGCCGCGGGCGGGGGCUCCAUUUUGACGUGGAAAAAUGGUCUUUUCACAGUGGGCCCAGAGAGUGCCUCAUCGCAUCCUGGCCCUGCAUGUUAUCGGAAAGGCGGGCCCUUGACAGUAACUGAUGCGAAUCUCUUCCUUGGACGGCUACUUCCGGAGCAUUUUCCCAAGAUCUUUGGCAAGGCGGAAAACGAGCCUUUGGAUUCCGACAUUGUUAGGGGAAAGUUCGAUGAAUUGACAGCGACUAUCAACUCCGACACAGGCAAUUCAAUGAGUCCGCGAGAGGUGGCUUGUGGAUUCCUUGAUGUUGCCAACGAAGCCAUGUGUCGACCGAUACGAGCGCUAACGGAAGGGAAGGGAUAUGAUAUAGCAAGCCAUAAUCUGAGUGUGUUUGGAGGCGCUGGAGGACAACAUGCAUGCGACGUCGCGCGCAAGUUGGGUAUCUCUACAAUUAUUAUUCACAAGUAUUCAAGCAUCCUGUCUGCAUAUGGUAUGGCGCUUGCGGACGUAGUGCAAGAGGCCCAAGGGCCAGUCAACGAGAUAUUUGGCGAUGAAUCCCGCAGCAGACUCGAUGAACGGCUACUGCUCCUUCAGGGCAAGGUGUGCGAUCAGUUAAUUGACCAGGGUAUCUCAGAGGACGAUAUGAUAUAUCAGAGGUAUCUCAAUAUGCGCUAUCAGGGAACCGAGACGGCAAUUAUGGUACUCGAGCCACCGGACCGCGACUUUAAGGAGGAAUUCAAGCAGAUGCAUCUUCGGGAAUUCGCAUUCCUUUUCCCCGAUGACAGGCCAAUCCUGGUGGACGAUGUACGUGUCCGAGGAAUUGGAUCUAGCGGAGAUGCCGAGAAAUCAGAUGGGCGGAUAGUGGAAGAAGAACUGGAGACUUCGUCUUUCACCGCCGCAACAUGGCGUGCGGCAGAACACAUGACAAGAGUCUAUUUCCGCAGGACGGGAACGUGUCGUGCACCUGUAUUCCUACUACAUAAACUGGCCCCACGCACCGUGAUUGCUGGGCCAGCUAUUAUCAUCGACCAGACACAGACCCUGGUGGUUGCACCUGGUGCAGAGGCCAAAGUUUUGAGCAACCAUGUGGUCUUACAUAUUAGGCCCACAUCGCCAGGUGGAUUCUUUGGGGAUUCUAAAAGCGUGGACAAUAUUCAGCUAUCGGUAUUCGGACAACGUUUCAUGAGUAUCGCGGAGCAAAUGGGCCGUGCUUUGCAGAAAACCGCCGUGUCAUUGAAUAUCAAGGAACGGCUGGAUUUUUCCUGCGCACUGUUUGGUCCGGAUGGGGGGUUGGUUGCAAACGCUCCUCAUGUGCCGGUGCAUCUGGGUUCCAUGAGCUAUGCUGUCAGGUAUCAGCACGAGCUCCACAAAGGGAAGCUUGUUCCGGGAGAUGUCUUAGUGGCCAACCACCCGGAGGCAGGCGGCACUCACUUGCCAGAUAUCACCGUGGUCACUCCGGUCUUCAACCAGACCGGAACAGAGAUCGCGUUCUAUGUGGCUUCCCGCGGACACCAUACCGAUAUAGGAGGUUUAGGAGGUACAUCCAUGCCGCCUAACUCUACGGAUUUAUGGCAGGAGGGUGCAGCAAUUAGAUCCUUUAAGCUGAUUCACGCGGAGAAGUUCGACGAAGAGGGUAUCACUCAAAUCCUUCUUCGUCCCGGCGGGUACCCGGGUUGCACAGGAAGUAGACAUGUAUCGGACAAUAUUUCCGACCUCAAGGCGCAGGUGGCUGCAAACCACAAGGGCACGGCUCUAGUUCAGGCCCUGAUUGAAGAGUAUAGCCUUCCGGUUGUUCAACUGUACAUGAAAGCGAUCCAAUCCAACGCUGAGUGGGCUGUGCGAGAAUAUCUGCGCUCCGUGCUCCGCCAGGUGGGCCCUCGCCUAUUGUCGGAAGAUCAGAUGGAUAAUGGCUCGCUGAUCAAGCUUGCGAUCACAAUUUCGCCUGAUGGCUCUGCCAAAUUUGACUUUACUGGGACUGGUUGUGAGCUGCUCAGCAACAUCAACGCACCCCCAGCCAUCACUCACUCUGCCAUUAUCUACACCAUACGUCUUCUUAUCGGUACUGACAUUCCUCUAAACCAAGGAUGCCUUGCCCCGAUAGAAGUCAUCCUUCCCAAAGGUACAUUCUUGAACCCAUCCUCCGGACCGGCAGUCUGCGCUGGAAACACCCAAACAUCCCAGCGUAUAGUGGAUGUCAUCCUGAAGGCAUUCCGCGCAGCUGCGGCGUCACACGGCUGUAUGAACUGUCUAGGGUUUUUUGGGGAGGGGGGGACUGAUGCCGAAGGGAAAAAGCUCACCGGAUAUGCUUAUGCAUUCGGGGAGACAAUCUGUGGUGGGUCCGGAGGAACCCCCGCCCGGGCCGGGGCAUCCGGGGUGCACACGCAUAUGACCAACACAAGGAUUACCGAUCCCGAAAGUCUGGAGAAACGGUAUCCGGUUAUCCUUCGGGAGUUUGCCAUCCGCCAUGGUACUGGAGGAAAGGGGAUGCACAGGGGCGGCGACGGGGUGGUCCGAGAUAUUGAGUGUCGGGCACCACUUAGCUUCAGUGUCAUCACCGAACGACGGAGCGUUGCCCCGUAUGGGAUGAACGGGGGCGAGCCUGGAGAGCGGGGGGCGAACUACUGGGUUCGAAGGGUGAAGAGUGAAAAAGGGGAGCAGUGGCGAUGGAUUAACAUGGGCGCAAAGAACAUGGUGCGCAUGGAAGCAGGUGAUCGAUGUGUGAUUCACACUCCUGGUGGAGGUGGCUGGGGGAAGGUUGAUGAUAUGGAUGAGAGAAUGAAUGGGUUUACUGGAUACUCCAUGCAGUAUCCACGGGCAUCUGGUAGUGUUGCUACCCAUAUAAUGGCGCAAGAGAGUUCUGCGUGA